CUCCCAGUCUUCACCCACAUCACAAAGAUGCUCCCCAAGAUAGAUGGCACGUCGGGGGUGGGAGAGGGAGAACCUAUUAGGGGAAGGGGAAACAGGCAAGAGGAAAUGGUGCGGCUGGGAUAUUUUGUGUUCAGGAAUCCUUUCUCCUUCGUGCCCUUCUCACUAGCAUACUCUCAGCCCACGCUCACGUUCUUGACGCAGCCUCUACGGAUCGGCAGCGUGGUCUGCUCCUCAGCUAGCUUGCUGCUCCUGCUGACCUCUCUGUGCACGUCCUACUGGCUGCUCGAAAGUACCUCUCAAGGCCUGGUCCAUGGUGGUCUUUGGGAGAUCUGCUUGGGUCCAGAUUGCAAAAUAUACCCGUUUGGUGCCAUUGCACCAUUCCUCCAUGCAAGCAGAGCCUUCCUCAUCAUGGCGACCCUCCUUGGCAUCUCCUCUUUGUCCUGCAGCUGUGUGGCUUUCAGCCGUUGCCGAACAGGCCCUGUGUCUCUGGACACCAUCGCCGCUGGCCUCAGCUUUGGUGCAGGUAUCUGCAUCUUGGUAUCCAUGGCUGUGUUCACAAUUUCGUACUGGAGUGCCAACCCUUUCAUACAAAAUGUCAUCAUUUUUGGGUCAUCCUAUGGUGCAGGAUGGGUCUCCUUUCCUAUGUACACCAUGACGAGUGGAGUAAUAAUAACAACUUACAAAACUACCUGUCCUGAUUACGGGGCCUGCUCUGAUAUAGGGGCCUCAAGACUUUCCAGUGGGAGAAUGGCUGGUUUCACAUCAUGGAUUUCCCAGCGGUGGAAUAUUUAGCUAGAUUGGCGGUGGCCUUAUUCUGGGACUCAGAAUGAGUGCACAGUGGAGAGGAGGUAUCUCACUUGUCCUCCGUGUAUGACAUCACGGCCAAACCAUGGCUUGGGCAUCUAAAAUUGACUUCAGGUGGACAUGCUGGCUUCUCCCUCUGAUGUACUCAGAGCCAACCCUGGUUUGAACAAACCAUAGUUCCUUCUGUUGGCCUAAUGUUUUGCACUAGCCAUUGUUAAGCUCCUUACUACCUACAUUAGAAACCAUGGUUUGAACUGGGUUUCCAAUUCAGGCUUGCAGGCAAUUGCCACAUUCGCAUGUAAUGGUUAGGGUUAGUUACAGUUAAAAAGUUAAAGAAGUUAAAAGAAGCAGAAGUUGGAUUUCUUGUACGUUCAAAUG